AUGGGCUAUAACGCUAACGCUUGUAGCCGGAGCAGGCGCACUGCGGAUGGUAGGAGGACAUUUGCGUCGUUCUUCCACAACUUCUACCUCGUAGCAAAGCAUUGGUUUAAACGGUCCUACAUGGCAAAAUGGACUGGAAAUGACUGCGAUAGCUGGACAAGCAGCGAAAGCGGAAGCACCCUCGAAGUAGGCGAAACAGAAAUUAGAGAAAAAGACUAUGGCCUACAACCAUAUCAGGCACCCUGGCCUACCAGACAUGAGCACGCUCGCUUCUGGAUUCGGGUUGCUCCCAGGCUCGUUGAGCAGCUUGUUACAUCCAGUCUGCUGGUAAAGCGCUACGGAGUCGCAGAAAAACAACUUUUGCCUGUUCACCUGGCCAACGCGGCUUUUAGAGACCUAGAGGCUCUUGUCGUGCAGCACAUAGGAGCUGUGGAAGAAAGAGAUACAAGGAGGAGGAGUAGACGACAAAGCAGCAAAAAGUCGCUGCAGGAAGACAAACAAACGCUGGAGCAGUGGCUGCAAGAACUCAGGGCUCCCCCAGCAGCUGGGGGAGCAAACGAUUCCCUGACUCCUCCGGAUAAGAGUCUGAAUGAAUCACUGGCAUUGAAAGAUAACCACAGAGGGUCAAAAAAUACGGGAGAGGAAGGAACGUUUGUCUUCGAACAGCAACGAAAAGGGACUCAGGAAAGCCUGUGGAGCGUGGACAGCGCAGCAGCAGCGGCAGCCGAGAGCGCUGCUGCUGCCACGCCUCAGGCCUUGGCCUUUAGGCACUUGGAGAGGGCAGCACAUCUUUCAAAACAGUUUGGCCAUGUCAAGCUGGAGGAUUUGCAGCAUCUGAAGAGAAUCACUAAGGCGCUCGAGUGGACUGUGGCUGAGGUAUUUGAAAAGAUGUCAGCAAUCCGCGCGGCGGCUGCUGAGGAAUCUAUAUGGCAAGAUAGCGCAGCUCCACCAGCAGAAACCCAAAAGCUUCUGCGUGACUUUGCGCUGCAUUUGAAUAAGCGAAAGCGGCAGAUGGCUCUACUGGAGCCCAUUAAACAGAAAAUCCUUCUGAAGCUGCUGGCUGUGAGGUUUCUCACUGACACUCCACAGCAAAGGGAGAAAAGGGAGAAGGAAAAAAGGAAACAGGUGGCGCAGCUUUUUGGAGAGGAAAGCAGCAUCCUCUUUUUUGCACCUCAAACGUAG